UGUAUCACCUUACUGCUACCCUAUCUGUCCACUCUAUCUGCGGAAACAUGGUUGGAUUUCCCUCGCUUCAAAAGUGGGCAACGUUUGUGGACGGAUGUGCAUCCCGGCAUAAACGGUACGACUCGGUCCAGUAUCUUCAGAAUAUUUAUUUGUUCCACGUAAAACCCGACGCACGCACCACACAGAUCCAACAGAACCAGCUGAACCUCUCCCCCCAAGUGCAUAUCAUCCAAGAAUCAUCCACAACUCGAGUUGUGGAAUCGCAAAGUCAUGCGGCGACGUGGUGUGUACUACCCCAUUUCCGGGACGUUGAGAGUUACUCCAUCCCAAUGAUGAACCACCCACCGUCCGUGAAGACGAGGUCCAAUCAAGCGUCAUCCCUUCUAGGAGUAUUUGCUGCAUCGCGAACAUCGCGAGAGAACCUAGAUCCCCUAUUCCACCCUAUCUAUAGAGGCUGCUUCAGCGCCUACAUCCAAGUAUUCGGCAAGAGAUCCGAAUCCGAAUCCGGGCGCCGUUGAUCAUCGUCGUCGAAGAGAAAGAGGGAGACGAGGCGGCUCGAGUGGUAGAUUGACGACGACGAAUUGCACCACGCCGGGAGACCGAAGUGGCCGGUGACGAGGUAGAUGAAGAAAAUUGACGCAACGCGACAUUAACACGCCAUCUUAAGAAUCUUUCAGCUGCUCCGGUCCGAAGAUGUGUAAGGACGGAAGGUGAAUGGAACAGUCGAUGACAGAGUUGUGACAGGGAAGGACGGGAAUAGCUAAAGAGGAAAAUGGGUUAUUAGUUAUGGCUGAUG